AUGGCGCCGCCGACCUUCAAGCCGGCGCUGGUGGAGCAGCUCUUCCAGGCUGCGUGGAGGGCCAACGCCGCGAGCGCGGCCGAGACCGUAGCCAGUGACAGCAGCGACGAGGAGGAACUGUUCGACUCUGCGCCGCUGGUGAGCGCGGCAGCGGCUGCCGCGCGCGUGCGCAAGAUCCACGCGGACGCCGUGAAGCUCAGCGCCGAGAUGCUGCGGCUGUUCGUGGUGGAGGCCUUCCGCCGCGCGCAGAUGGAGGCCAUGGUGGACGACAGCGAGCAGGUGGAGCCGCAGCACAUCGAACAGAUCCUGGCACAGCUGCUGCUGGACUUCUAG